UAAACGGUGUCGUUAGUAAAUGAGAUGGGUGGUCUGCUAAUUUGGUUGGUUUAACAUGACACAAAAAGGAUCCUAAUCCAGUAAAUGAGUAGAGUAGAGUCGACUCGAGAGAGGGAAAAUAAUGUGGUGGAGAUCGGCAUCGUUCAUCCUGGACAGGCAGCAAAACGACGACGGUUUGAGGGAGGAGGAAUCUCUUCCUCCGCCGGGUGCAACCUCAAAACCUAACCCUAACAUUUCCGCUUACUAUGAGACGAGAGCGGCACACCACGGUGUGGUCACCAGCGACUGGUUGGCCCAGGCUCAGGCUGCCAUUCAAGAGCCUACUGAGUUGGAAGUCAAUGAUAAGAUUAAGCAGCAGCAUCCCUUCAGUGUGAUCGAUGAGUUUAAUAACUGGCGAAAACAACCCCACUUGGCCGAGGCCGUCGCCGCCAUUCGCGCCUUGGCCGCCGUCAUAAGGUCUAGCGAGGCUACCACCAUGAUGGAGCUCGAAAUUGACCUACACAAAGCCUCGGAUUCUCUCAAAUCCUGGGAUACCACCUCUAUCUCUUUGACCGCGGGCUGCGAUCUGUUCAUGCGAUAUGUAACAAGGACCGCUGCUUUAGAAUAUGAAGACUUCAACUCGGCUAAAUCUCGCCUCAUUGAACGUGCCGACAAGUUUGGGGAAAUCUCCUAUAAGGCUCGCAAAAUUAUUGCAAUGUUGAGUCAAGAUUUUAUAUUUGAUGGUUGUACAAUUUUAGUUCAUGGUUUCUCCAGAGUUGUCUUUGAAGUUCUAAAGCUCGCAGCACAGAAUAAGAAACUUUUCCGGGUCUUCUGCACAGAGGGAAGACCUGACAGAACAGGAUUACGUCUGUCCAAUGAGCUGGCCAAGCUUGAUGUUCCUGUGAAACUUGUAAUAGACUCUGCAGUUGCAUAUACUAUGGAUGAAGUGGACAUGGUUUUUGUGGGUGCAGAUGGAGUUGUCGAAAGUGGGGGCAUAAUUAACAUGAUGGGGACAUACCAAAUCGCAUUGGUUGCACACAGUAUGAAUAAACCAGUGUAUGUCGCUGCUGAAAGCUACAAGUUUGCUCGUCUUUACCCUCUUGACCAAAAGGAUCUGUCACCUGCCUUACGCCCUAUUGAUUUCGGUGUACCCAUUCCGUCCAAGGUUGAGGUUGAAAGGUCUGCGCGGGACUACACCCCUCCUCAAUAUCUGACUCUGCUUUUCACAGAUUUAGGUGUUCUUACUCCAUCUGUUGUUAGUGAUGAGUUAAUCCAGCUAUACUUAUAGUUAUCUAUGGAUAACUUUUUAUUUCCAAUUUCUUUGAAAACGUUGGCUUCCAUUCAAGAUCAUUUGUCUCAUGAAACACUUUGGGAUAUUAUUUUUUAUCAUCAGGCAUAAGGCAUAAGUAGUUAAUUCUUUGAUUGAA